CCUUUGCCUUUUUCAUUCGUCUCUUGAAUUCUGAACGCAACGGUUCGCCUCCGCUCCAAAACGGCAACAACGGCACUCGAAAAAGCCCCCAGUGCAAAGUUAACUAAAGUGCAAAAAUCUAAAUAAACUGAGAUUAAACCAAGUGAUAAGCAACAAACAAACAAACAAACAACAGACUCUGAAGAGAAGACUCUUUUCCAUCAAAUAAAAAAAAGAGAGUGCAAAUUGAAAGUUAAAAGUGCAAUGGACAUGGAUACCUUGCUACCUUCACCGCCUGCAACGCCCCCGCUGAGGGAUAACAAGUUGGAAAACGUCGCCAAGGACGAGCAACAGGUCAACGAGAACCUGCUCAAGGCCAAGCUCAAGCUGGUGGCCCAGAAGAGCCAGAAGAAUGGAGGGAUUAUCACACCCAAUCCCUCAGACACGGAAGACGAGUCGCCGGAAGUGGCGGUGCCCAGCAAGAAGCCGCGCCUGGAACAGCCUGCGACGACCAUGACACCGCCACCGGAUCAGAAGCUGGAGAGGGUUAGCGUCAUCAUGCGGGUCAACAGCUCCGGCGCCGUCUCCUCCAGCAACCAGGACGAGAACUCCUCCAGUUCCAGCUGCAGUUCCUCCUCCAACACCACAACCACAAGUACAAACUCCGUUCCGCCCGCGGUGGAGGACGACUACCCGGAGGCCAAUGUGUGGCGCAAUCUCAAGUUCAAGAUGAACAGGAAGCGGGCGGCGGAAGUAGCUCUACCAGUACCAGUACAAAAACCCGAGACACCGGCUCCAGAGCAUCCAGCUCCUUCUGCUCCAGCGGAAAAGCAAGAGGAGCCCGAGGAAAUCAAACCCCUUCUCACACCCAUCUACGUGGCUCCAGUGGUCGCCCAGUCGCCGGCCAGCCAGCUCAUCCUGCUCAGCACCGUGGCCGCCCAGCAAAGUCCCACGCCCAUUCCCGCGAUGCCCGAGGAGAAGCUCGCGACGAGAAUCACGGCAGCCCAGGCGGCGGCCACCAGGAGUCGCAUCUACGAGUGCAGCUUUCCCGAGUGCGGCAAGAACUACUUCAAGAGCAGCCACCUGAAGGCCCACCAGCGGGUGCACACCGGCGAACGGCCCUUCAUCUGCAAGUGGGCCAACUGCGACAAGCGCUUCUCCCGCUCCGACGAGCUGUCCCGCCACAAGCGCACCCACACCGGCGAGAAGAAGUUCCAGUGCAGCGUGUGCCAGAAGAAGUUCAUGCGCAGCGACCACCUGUCCAAGCACGUCAAGCGGCACAACAAGGACAAGGCGAACGGGGUGAACCGACACGUUUCCCUGGCCCACAGCAGCAGCAACAGCUCCUCGUCCUCCGCCUCCUCCUCGGUGGCUGCCUCCCUCUGCGAUGCCUCGCUCCAUUUGCGGGCGAUAGCUCCGGCGGCCACCAGCUCCUCCUCCGCAAGUCUGCAGGUCUACAGCGCCCAGGAUCUGCUGAGACUGCAGCAGCAGGCCAGCAGCUUCACCUUCGGCGGAACCCUGCUGCAAGUUCAGCGAUGAGAGCAGCCGAAGCACCAGAACCAAUCUCAGCCCGACAGUAUCGCCAGCUAAACGAAAAGAACAGAAGAACUCCCACCAAAAUCAGAGCAUAUUUUAGAUAAUUACAGUAGGGAUUUGUAGAAUCCUAUUUAAGGCCACACUUGAAGCUCGAAUUUUUCCUGUAAGAACUUUAUUUCGAGUUUGCCCCCCAAUUCUCGUGUAGCUGGUGUAGACUUAAGCUUAGUUAAGAGCUAGAUCUUGUCAUCGUCUUGUGCAUAUAUCAACUUCAAAUUCAAUAGGCUUCGCAUCUGUUGUAGAUAGGUGCCACUUCCCUUCCAGGAGCACAGCAGAUUUAGAUUCUGAUUAUCCCUAGUGCUUGUACAUAUAAUAUAGCGGCGCAUUCGGCGCCCAACAUCUGUGAUACUUAAGUUUUCUUAACUCUUUUCUAUUGUACCAUAGUUAUCGGUCUAAUUCUCUUAAACUUAAACACACACAAACAAUUGUAUUUAUUGCUAAAUGUGGAAAAAAAGAGAAAGAAAAACAAAACAAAAAAGAAUGCUGGAUCCUCACACGAUUCCAAUCUCAACAAAUGAAAAUAUACAUAUUUUCCAAAUAA